ACUGCUCACAUGAUCCUGUCCUGUCAUCUGACUGCACAGAAAGCGGCGCGCCACUGGCUGGGAGUCACUGUGAUGGAUGAGGAUGGGCUGCCUAUAGUUGGAUCAGGCAUAGACCUCACUAAGGUCCCCGCCAUCCAACAGAAGAGAACGGUUGCUUUCCUGAACCAGUUUGUGGUGCACACAGUUCAGUUUCUGAAUCGCUUCUCGACAGUUUGUGAGGAGAAACUGUCUGCUCUUUCACUUCGUAUUCAACAGAUUGAAACCACGCUCAAUAUUCUAGAUGCAAAGCUUUCUUCCAUCCCUGGCUUAGAAGAUGUUAAAGUUGAAACACAUUUGUCUAACAGUAUUACAAAUGGUCAUCUGCAGCCCCGGUCUGUCUCAGAAGCCCCUCCAGCUACACCACAGACAGAAGUUGUUCAGCAGAACUCCUUGAAUGAUAACACCUUACCGAAGGAAGAGGUACAGGCUGAAAAUAUUCCCACUGUAGCGAAAGAUCCAAGAUAUGCCAGAUACUUAAAAAUGGUUCAAGUGGGGGUCCCUGUGAUGGCUAUUCGAAAUAAAAUGAUUUCUGAAGGACUAAACCCUGAUCUUUUAGAGACACCUAAUGCACCGGUCCCAGACGGAGACAUUGCACCAGAAGACAGCUCUGACAGUGAAUCCUCAUUCAGUGACUGAAGAGACUGAUGUCUGCUAUGCUAAUCUUUGCUGGAAUGUAGAUUGGGCUGGACUUUAUAAUAUUACAUAUGAACCUAAUGACCAUCACAAAAAGGUUAAAUGGAGCCUGUCACUGGUAAACCAUGCACACUGCCGUGUAGCUGAGCUGAAUGACAUCAUAUCUUUCAGCUAGCAAUCCGUUCAUUCUGGAGUAAAAAAAAAUACUUUUUGAUCCAUAUGCAAAUGAGCAGUUUAGUGCACUGAGGGCGGGCCCAAGCCAUUUUGUGCUCCACCUCUCCGUGGUGUCCGCCCACUGUUGGUGCACUUCAGCUGAGCUAGUCUUGCAUUGUGCCUGAUUUAACAGUGAAUUCCCUGGUGGCAGACUCACUUUAAAGGGGUUGUCUAUUACCAAAAAAAGUCCCCCAGUGUAUGGCUACUUUCACAUUAGCGUUUUUGCUGUAUACGGCAGGGUUCAGCAAAAAUGAUCCCGUUAAUUAUAAUACAACC